UCCCCUGCAUGGUUGGAGCCCUGGCUGGGGUGACUUUCCUGCUCAAACACAGCACAACCUGGGCAGCCGGGCUGUGGCAGGGAGGAGGGAAGGACAAUGGAUUCCACGGGCUGGGCAAUUAGUUUUUGAGCUGCUGUUUGCAGAUCAGAAAAGCAGUUAAGGUGACAAGACGCGUGCCAGAAGAUCUUUGGGAACUGCACAGCAUUCACUUUCAGACGCUACCAAAGGGUUAUGAAACAUCGGAUGGUUACUUUUUAUUUAAUAGUCCAGGGACGGGGACAUGUGUUCAGCAUGGGAGUGUGGGACUCAGAACCUUCCCAUUCUGCAGCCCACACCCACGGUGGUGGAUUGUUACGGGUGGCUGAACCUGUAAGCACUGUGAGGUACGAGGAGAGCAAAGAAGAACCACAAAAGAGACAGAAGAAGUCAGGGAAGGCUCGGAACUGCAGCUGUGGAGUGCUAGAAUUCGGCAACUGAAUAACGGGAGAGACGUCCACCCGGACAAGCUUGCAUGUACCUGCCAAGAGCUUCCGUGGACGCGGCGAUCCCAGUGUGCCUGGACAGGGGGGGUGAAGAGGAGUGGCGGGGAAAGCUCUCCCACUUCCAUGGAUUCCCAGAAGAUCGCCGGACAGAGCGGCAUUUCUGAGCGUCAGCGCUAUGCUCUCAGCUCUGCUGGGAGGAUGGAACAGAGACCCCAGAGCCAACCCCAAGGGGCCUGGGCAGAGAGGCCUAGGACACCCUGCACCCCCAGGCCCCAGCAGGGGCCUGAGGAAGUGUGUGAGGUGCAGCCCCUGCAGGUGCCCUCGGGCUCAGGUGAGGGUCCUUCUGCCAACAUCGUGUCACCACAGGAGGAGGAUCCCCUGAGCUUCAUCCGCGCCUGCUGCAUGCGCAGACCCCAGGCAGAGGCACACAAGCUGAGCUUUCUGGCCUCCAUCCGUGCUGUCUGCAAAGCUGCCCUCGAGGACCGCAGUGCAUACUACGGGCUGUGUGUCUGCCCGCUGGAGGUGGCACAGUGCAUUGAAGAGCUGCUGCAGGAGGAGCCCGCUGAGCGCCUGGACACGGAGCUGCGGCAGCAGGCCCUGAGCGCCAUCGCCGCCAUGAGCUGCGCGCGGCUGCUUCCAGAGGAGCGGAAGAGCGGCCUCCUGCGCGCCUGCCUCGGCAGCAUCCUGCACCUCCCUCGCCACGAGGACGCGAAGGACCACAACACUGCACUCUGCACAGAGACCAUGGAAGCCCUGCACCAACUGCUGCAGGUGCUGGUGGGCAGCGCCGGCGCCUCUGUCCUCCUGGAGCUGCAGAACAUCUUGGAGCUCCUGCUGCCCUUCACCACGUGCCAGCUGGCGGCCGUGGAGGAGAGGGCCGUGGCGUGCAUUGCCAGGCUGCUGGCCUUCAGCAACACCUGCUCCUUGCCCGAGGUGUGCUCCUGCUUCACGGGAGCCGUGAUGCUCCGGCAUCGGUGCACGGAGAACCAACGUUUCCCCGUGCUGGGGAAGCUGGCCGGACACCUCAUCCUGUGCUGCACCUCCACGGAUGAGGCGACCAGAGAUGAGGCGAUGAAGGCUGUCCGUCAGCUUUUCAUUUUCAUCGCCUCCCAAAGAAUGUGGCUGUGGCAGAAGGAUCCCAAGAAGCCACAGCUCCGGGAGCGCGAGCAAACACUGCUCCACCAGCAGGUUUCCCAAGAGAACAGUGUCAGCAAAAUCUUCGAGAUGUUUCUGAAAUACCUUCAGUACCCCGAAAGGGUCAAUGUUUUCCUCACGGCCAUUGAGAGCAUGACAGCGCCGAGCCUCCACAGCACCGAGCUGGCUGCCCACAUGGUGGAUGUGCUCGCGGCAGAGGCUCGCUUCCCUCCAGGGCAGGUGCGCAAGAUCGUGAAGAUGAUCUACAGCAGCCUGCCUUCCAUCAAAGCCGAGCUGGUUCUCGAAAGCCUGGGCAGGGCCCUGCUCGUGCUGGCCAACAAACACCCGAGAGAGAUGGUUAGCAGCCUGCUGGGCUGCUCCCCCACUUGCACCAGUGUCGCCGUCACCAUGUGGAGGGCAAUGCUCUCGGAGCCCCCGGCCGUGGAGAAGGUGCUGCAGGAGCUGCUCCAAGUGCUCACAAACCAUUCUCUGCAGCACGCAUCCCCAUCCGCUGGGGACAGGCCACGUGUCCUCGCCCUGGCCGCAGCAAGGACCAUCCCUGAGAUAUUCCAGCUGCCUCUCGUCCUGAAGGAGGCGGAGGCCAUUUUCCCCCAGCUCUUCCUGGCCCUCCUCUUGCAAGCGUCCUUCACCGCGGAGCUGACGCUGCAGGAGGUGAAAAUCUUCUGGGUGGAGCACCAGCAGGGCCAGCUCACUCCCAUCAGGUCCGCGGUGUGGGCCUUGAAGCUGCUGCUCUGCAGCGUGGGCCUCCAGAGGCAGAUGGAGGCCAUUCAGGAGCGGGGCGGCUGGGACGCGCUUCUCAGCGCCGUGACCCACCUCCAGGGAGUGCAGGUGGUGGCCAGGGUGAUGAGGGAGCUGCCUGGAGCUCUGCGUUCCCCCAUCUUCCACCAGCUGGUUGAGCUGCUCAGCACCAAGUUCUGCUCCUGGGAGAUGGUGGCCAUGGUCUUCCUCGUCGAGAUGCUGGAGCGUGUGGACCUCAACGAAGAGCUCCACCGCGUCGUGAGCCUCUUCAACAGCUGCGUGCAGAGCCAGAGCGUGGGUGUGCAGCAGCUGGUGCUCAGGGGCAUCCUGCAGCUCAGCACGAGGCAGGACACGGCGAGGAAAAUGCUCGGCCUGCUGCCGUGCAUCACGGAGCAGCUGCAGGACGCAGACAGCAGCGCCCGCACCGUGGCCCUGCCGGUGCUCAGCACCCUGCUGCGGCUCCUGGAGAGGGGGAAGCUCAGCCUCGUGGCUCUGGAGCUGGCCGGCAAGCUGCCGGCGCUCUUUGAGGACGAGUCCGGCACGGUGCGGCAGCUCUCCAUCCGCCUCUUCUUCGACACGCUGAGCUUUGUGGAGGGCAGAGAAAAGAAGAAGAUGAGGAAGGAGGUGUACAGGAGCCUGGUCCCGUUGUAUCUGCACCUGCACGAUGAGGAAGAGAGCGUGGCCGAGGCCUCCCAGAAAGCCUUCCUUGGUGCCGCGCGGUUCCUGCGCUGGAGGCGGCUGGAGCACCUGGUGCAGACGGCGCAGUUGUGGCAGAUCGGCGAGUGCAUGCUGGCCGAGAGGAGGAAGAGUGCAGCGUGGGACUACCUGGGACAGAGCCUGCUCUACCUACAGAGCCCGCAGGAGCCCCUGUGCCGGGAGGCCGCGAGGUUCAUCGGGCUCAUUAGGCAGCACAAGAGGGAUCAGCAGCAGGCUGAGAGAGAGAACAUCUUGCAGGGCCUUCACAGUGUGCUGCGAGACCACACUGGAUCCGUCUCUUCGCAGUCCCUUCAGACAGCGCGGAUCCUGACGGAAACAAGGCCACCACCACCAUCAGGCUUCAGCUUUUGGCAGCUCUUCUCCAGGCUCCGCAGCGUGUGGACGUGGUGGCGCUCCUCCCAGGCAGACAGCUGAGCGCCCUGGAACGCUCCCGGCAUCUCCUGCUCAGCUCUGCUCCUCGUGCAUCUCCUCCUGCCUGCUGUUCAGCUCUGCUCCUCCGGCCUGCAAAACAGGCCAGCACUGGCCCAGCGCAUGAGCCUGAAGCGCAGGGCUGUGCAAAUCGGGCUUUGGCCAUUAAAGAGGGAGGUCUGGGUAAUAAAACAGCAGCUUUGGGUGCCCUAAA